GAUCGAUGGCCGACCGCGUCGUGCAUGUGUGGAGUGGAGGUUUUGACUUUCUGCAUAUAAGGUCCUCGAAUAGUCUAGUUUUAUAGGUAGUCGUCUUAUGACACUGCCACUGAGUACAUUUUAACUGACAGUACCGAGUUGUCCGUCAGAGGACGAGUUAUGGACUCGGUGAAGAACGGCGUGCCCUACUCGAAGAGCGGAGACAAGGAGCAAGACGAGAUCCUGCUCCAGCCCUUCACCUACAUCCUGCAGGUUCCAGGAAAGCAGAUCCGCACGAAAUUGGCACAUGCUUUCAAUUAUUGGCUAAAAAUACCUGACGAUAAGCUCCACGCGGUCGGCGAUAUAACCCAGAUGCUCCACAAUUCUAGCUUGCUAGAAUGGAAGGCGGUCGAGAAAAUGCCGUAUUUUAUUGCGGGGUGUCAGUCGUGUAAUCAGUUUAUCAAAGUCGAGUUUCUUAACGAGUUCGACGCCCCACCGAAUGUCAAGCAGGCUAUUGUCGACGAUAUUCAGGACAAUUCCAUACUUCGAAGAGGAAUACCCGUGGCGCAUUCGAUCUACGGGGUCGCCAGCACCAUUAAUGCAGCCAACUACGUUCUGUUUAUUUCACUCGAGAGAGUCAUAUCUCUAAAUCAUCCGGAGGCGACUCAAGUGUACACGGAACAAUUGCUGGAGCUUCACAGAGGGCAGGGUAUGGAGAUCUAUUGGAGAGACAACUAUAUCUGCCCAUCUGAGUCGGAGUACAGGCAAAUGACCACCAGAAAGACUGGUGGACUAUUCAACCUGGCAGUCCGACUGAUGCAACUGUUCUCCGACUGCAAAGAGGAUUUCUCACAGUUGGCAGGAAUCUUAGGACUGUACUUCCAAAUUCGGGACGACUACUGCAAUCUCUCUUUGCAGGAGUACUCGGAGCAUAAGAGUUACUGCGAAGACCUCUCGGAAGGGAAAUUCAGCUUUCCUAUUAUUCACGCGAUUUGGAGCCAUCCAGAGGACAGGCAAAUUAUGAACAUUCUGAGGCAACGAACGAAAGACGUUGACGUGAAGGGGUACUGCGUAAACCUCUUGGAGAAGUUCGGCUCCUUUUCCUACACCAGGAAAGUGUUGAAGGAGCUGGAUAAAAAGGCGAGAGACGAGGUGGAAAGACUUGGAGGCAAUCCAUUAUUGAUGGACGUCUUGGAUGAGCUUCUGGCGUGGAAGAAAACCAAGGAUAUCGAGACACAGCCCUCGUCUCGACCUCUGCCGUCGUGUAGACAUGAACGAAUGGAUUAAUACUUCGAUUAGUUAGAUUAUUUGCUCAAGGACCUUAUAUCUAAAUUAUACUAUAGUGCAUUGCGCACGGUUCGUAUCCUCAAAACUGUAACUAUGGUCUAACAGGCUGUAUUUGACACGGUAUUUAUUGUGAUAAUUGUCCUGUCAUUGACAUUCGCAUAAGCGUUGUUGCCGCACUUUAGAGUGCAGGUAGAACUUAAAAUAGGUGAAGGUUUGAAUUUCUAUCGAUUGGAGUCAAAUUGGUUCAGCGUUUUCCACCUUCCGUACAUACUUACGCGAUGUGUCAAACUGUUGUACUUCGUGGUACUUCAUUGGUCAGGUGGAGUUAAUAUUCCAGAUUAUUGUAUUAGCGUUUUGAUCUUACGAGAAGACUGCAAAAAAACAGCGAAACGGUGUUCAUACGUUGUCAUGAGACGGUGUGAUCGAGUAUUCUGGAUAAUUUUUACGGCAUGUAUUUUGUUUCUCGCUAUCGCUGAUAUCAACGGUACUUUUGAUAGGCUUAUUGCUGAGCCGCAGGACAUUCGGCUUUCUCGUAAUUUUAUUAUUAACCAUAAUGUGCGUACAACAAAAGUACGAUAACUUAAUAGCUAUUUGUCGUAAUACAACUUUGAUAGGUGACUUGUAUUAUAUGUAUGUAUCUGUAAUUAAGAGUAUUAAUAGACACCAUUACGUAUAAAA